AUGGGCGAUGUCGAGUACGGCAAGAUCUACGACUUCUACCUGCCCCCGUCCUUCCUGCGCCUGUAUGAUGGGCCCGCUGUGAACGUGGAGGACAUGUGGCGCAUCCUGGGCAAGGGCACCAGCAACGGUGGUCUCGUGGUUGGAACCAUCAUCAAGCCCAAGCUCGGCCUGCAGCCCAAGCCUUUCGGCGAGGCGUGCUACGCCUUCUGGCAGGGCGGAGAUUUCAUCAAAAAUGCAUCUAGACUGCGCUGGAACAAAAGCCUUAGCUACAUUGUAGUGUUAGCAUCGUAUGUUCCACUAACUAACAGGGAGCAACGAAAUGGGUUGUUGAAGAGCCUCCCUGCAGCCCAGGAUGAGCCGCAGGGCAAUCAGGUGUUCUGUCAGAUGAACGAGUGCAUCCCCGAGGUCGUGAAGGCCAUGAGGGCCUGCAUCAAGGAGACCGGUGUUGGCAAGCUGUUCUCGGCCAACAUCACCGCGGAUGAUCCCAACGAGAUGAUCGCCCGCGGCAAGUACUGCCUGUCCCAGUUUGGCCCACUCUCGGAGAACUGCGCCUUCUUGGUGGAUGGAUACGUCGCAGGAGGCACCGCCGUGACCUGCGCCCGCCGCAACUUCCCCAAGCAGUUCUUGCACUACCACCGAGCCGGACACGGAUCCGUGACCAGCCCCCAGACCCAGCGCGGCUACACCGCCUUCGUGCACACGAAGAUCUCGCGAGUCAUCGGUGCGUCCGGCAUCCACACCGGCACCAUGAGCUUCGGCAAGAUGGAGGGCGAUGCCUCCGACAAGAACAUCGCCUUCAUGCUUCAGGACGAUGAGGCCGAUGGCCCCUACUACCACCAGGAGUGGGAGGGCAUGAAGCAGACCACUCCCAUCAUCUCCGGCGGUAUGAACGCCCUGCGUCUGCCAGCCUUCUUCGAGAACCUGGGCCACUCCAACGUGAUCCUCACCGCCGGCGGUGGCUCCUUCGGCCACAAGGACGGGCCCAAGCCGGGUGCUAUCUCCUGCCGCCAGGGUGAGGAGGCCUGGAAGGCCUGGAAAGCCGGACAGUAUGGCAACAUCAGCCUGAGCGAUGGCGUCAUCGAGUUCGCCAAGACCCACGAGGAGAUCAAGGGCGCUUUCCUUACCUUCCAGAAGGAUGCCGACCAGAUCUACCCGGGCUGGAAGGAGAAGCUGGGCUACACCGGCGAGUCCUCCGUACAGGCUGCCAGCUUCGACUGGGCCAAGAAGGCCUCCGCCGCGGCCUUCGUCGGCGCCAGCGUGGCCCCUGCCAAGAAGGAGAGCAACGUAUCGCUCAAGGCCCUGGACCAGUCCAGCCGCUACGCAGACCUGUCCCUGGACGAGGCCACCCUGGUCAAGAGACUCGGCUGCAGGUUGGAGUGGCUGGUGCUGAUCUCACAUGAGAGGAACGGCAAGCAUGUGCUCGUUGCCUACAUCAUGAAGCCGAAGGCAGGUUAUGAUUACCUGGCCACCGCCGCCCACUUCGCAGCUGAGUCUUCCACCGGCACCAACGUGAACGUGUGCACGACGGAUGACUUCACCAAGUCGGUGGAUGCCUUGGUCUACUACAUCGAUCCUGAUAGCGAGGAGAUGAAGAUCGCGUACCCCACCCUGCUGUUCGACCGCAACAUCAUCGACGGCCGCGGCAUGAUGUGCUCCUUCCUGACCCUGGCUAUCGGCAACAACCAGGGUAUGGGCGAUGUCGAGUACGGCAAGAUCUACGACUUCUACCUGCCCCCGUCCUUCCUGCGCCUGUAUGAUGGGCCCGCCGUGAACGUGGAGGACAUGUGGCGCAUCUUGGGCAAGGGCACCAGCAACGGUGGUCUCGUGGUUGGAACCAUCAUCAAGCCCAAGCUCGGCCUGCAGCCCAAGCCUUUCGGCGAGGCCUGCUAUGCCUUCUGGCAGGGCGGAGAUUUCAUCAAAAAUGAUGAGCCGCAGGGCAACCAGGUGUUCUGUCAGAUGAACGAGUGUAUCCCCGAGGUCGUGAAGGCCAUGAGGGCCUGCAUCAAGGAGACCGGUGUUGGCAAGCUGUUCUCGGCCAACAUCACCGCGGAUGAUCCGAACGAGAUGAUCGCCCGCGGCAAGUACUGCCUGUCCCAGUUUGGCCCACUCUCGGAGAACUGCGCCUUCUUGGUGGAUGGAUACGUCGCAGGAGGCACCGCCGUGACCUGCGCCCGCCGCAACUUCCCCAAGCAGUUCUUGCACUACCACCGAGCCGGACACGGAUCCGUGACCAGCCCCCAGACCCAGCGCGGCUACACCGCCUUCGUGCACACGAAGAUCUCGCGAGUCAUCGGUGCGUCCGGCAUCCACACCGGCACCAUGAGCUUCGGCAAGAUGGAGGGCGAUGCUUCCGACAAGAACAUCGCCUUCAUGCUUCAGGACGAUGAGGCCGAUGGCCCCUACUACCACCAGGAGUGGGAGGGCAUGAAGCAGACCACUCCCAUCAUUUCCGGUGGCAUGAACGCCCUGCGUCUGCCGGCCUUCUUCGAGAACCUGGGCCACUCCAACGUGAUCCUCACCGCCGGCGGUGGCUCCUUCGGCCACAAGGACGGGCCCAAGCCGGGUGCCAUCUCCUGCCGCCAGGGUGAGGAGGCCUGGAAGGCCUGGAAGGCCGGACAGUAUGGCAACAUCAGUCUGAGCGAUGGCGUCAUCGAGUUCGCCAAGACCCACGAGGAGAUCAAGGGCGCUUUCCUUACCUUCCAGAAGGAUGCCGACCAGAUUUAUCCGGGUUGGAAGGAGAAGCUGGGCUACACCGGCGAGUCCUCCGUGCAGGCUGCCAGCUUCGACUGGGCCAAGAAGGCCUCUGCCGCGGCCUUUGUCGGCUCCAGCGUGACGGAGCGCGCUCCCCACGUUGCCCGUGCGGUGACUCCUUAUGAGUUGAACGGGAACGUCCUGGCCGACUUGGAGUUCAGCAACGACAUCGGCUACCUGCCGGCCACCUAUGCCCUGCUCCUGUCUGGGGCCUGUGGCGAGGAGCUGAAGGAUGCAUGCUUGGAGCUCUUGGUCGCGGAGCUUUGCUACGAGGUGGGACCGGCCCUCUUGGAGCGAAGUCGAGGAGAGACUGUAGCCAAGAAGCGCUGCAGCGAGGAGGUUUACCUCGCUCUCUGUGACGUCUCCUUGAUUCAGAGCCACAUCGGCGAGCUGGCGCCGGAGAGACAGGAGCGGUUCGACGAAAUGCUGGGUCCGAUCUGUGAUGCUGCCCUAUCCUUGGAGACUCCCCGACGAUGUCCGGGCGGUGUGCGGGAGGGGCGUCUGUCCCUGGUGGUGCGCUUGUUGCAAAGCCUCAGCGAGAUUGGCGACCGCCGGGCGGCGCUGGAGUGGGCCACGCAGCAGCUGAGGGCGACAAUGCCGCCUUCCUCCCAGGAGGGCCAGGUCAUCGUGCGCUCGCUUUCGCAGACGCCCGAAGCUUUCUGGCAAUGCUUUGCCAAGGAGGACCUGCCGGUGCUCUGGAGGAUCAUGGCUCAAGAUCCGCCGCGGCUGGCAGAUGCCGUCUUGGCACUGUGGCCUCCCGCGGGCACAUCUCUUGGUCCAGGCCCGGACUGCAUGGACUUCGCCGAGUCCGUGCUGCCGCACUUAGCGGAUCUCAUGGAUAUCACCUCAGCGCCGCCUCAUCCGCAUGAGGUGGUUUCGGCCUCCAGGGGGCUGCUGCGGGCCAAGGUGUCGCUGUUCGUUCACAGUGCGAAGCCUGAGGUGAAUGCCGGCCCCCCGCUGUCCGUGGCCGCGGCCUACCUCCGAAGGCGGCUGACGUUGAGCCCUGAAAUGACCGGCGAGACCCUCACGGGAUUGCUGAUGGCGCUGAGGAUGCUGGGCUCCGGUCUCCCCGGCUCGGGGCUUCUUGCGCAGCUUCGGGGGCUACUCGGCAUCCCAGGGGCGCGCGACCCACUUCCGAAGAAUCUGGGGGUGAUGUGGCUCCUUCUUCAGGCUGCCGCCUACUUCGUGUCCCACCGGCUGAAGUCGCCCUUCGGCUCGGCGACCUCAAGCUUGCAGCUCCUCGAGACCAUCAUCAACGAGUCCUCUGCCAAGGUGGCGCAGAAGAUCUCGGAGAAUUUGGCCCGGUCCACUCCCACGACAGGUGUGCUGCCAGACCUCGACCCUGGCUUGGCCGAGUGCAGCUUCUGCCCACUGGCCUGCGUGCAGAUCGUGUUCAUGCUCGAGCAGCUGAUCCUUCUGGCACAGGAGCCAGUCCACUUGCAGGAGCCGCCCAAGGAGCCGGCACAGUCGGCGAACCAGUUCUUCGAUAGCAAGCGGAAGGUUUGCGGUGACUGGUUUCAGCACGUCCGUGGGGCUUUGCAGCAUACGCUGAGCCGCUUCGGCACGCAGCCAGCGAUCUUCGCUGUGUCACAAGCACGGCUCGGGGAUAUCCUCCACCGCGCCCUGCCGGCUGUCGAAGGGAUGCCACUGUCGCAGGCGGUCCUCCACACACUGGGCGGCUCGCUCCAGAGGUCUCCUUCUACGACUCGACCUUCCGUGUUGUCAACAGCAGGGCAGGCGGAGGGACGUGCUCCGAUGAUUCCAGCGCUGGCAGAUCUAGAGCCUCCGGCGAAAGCUGCCGGGGUGGUCACCAUCCUCACAGAUCCUAGCAAGAGCACCCUGCCAUCGCAGAAGUCGUUGGAGAGCUUAGAGCAGACCGUGGCCGUCCUGCUCUCGAGUGCGCUGAGCAUGCGGAACGUCAUGCUUUGCCGCGGUGCGCUUGCGAUGCUCUGCCAUGCUGCUUGGGCACUGCCGGCCCCAGUUGCCACCUCACUACCACUCUUCCACGAUGCGCUUUUGGCUUUCGCGGUGCAGAGUUACGAAGAGGCCAAUGGCCAUUUCGCCCAUGCAAAUAGCCUCGAGGCCACCGCAGAGGAGCCGGGCACCAGAGCUCUCGGCGCCGGCCCAGCCAUGCAGGCACUGCUGGCGAGGACCUGGCUUGAGUCGGCUGUGGAGGCUCGGGAUUUGGAGGCAGUGGAGGCAUGGCUCGAUGCGCACGAGGACAGGCAGCACGUUUCGGAGGCCUUCGUGGCCUAUGCGCGUGCCUACGAGCAGCUGCUGAAGCAGAACUGGACAGGGUGCCAGCACGCCGUCGCCCAGGCGAAGGCGGCCGCCGCGGGCGAUCUGACUGUGGAAGCACAUGCAGACCGUGUCGACAGCAUCGGCCGACUGUCCAGGUGGGACGACCUCCAUUCCCUCUUUCUGGUUGAGACAGCAGUGGAGCUCCGCUGUGCGGAGGCCGGUGGAGACAUGCGGCGCCUGGAGGCCACGCUGGCUCAGGCCGGAGCUUUCUUGCUUUUGAAAGGGGCUUUAGAGGGGGUUUCCUAG